GUUGCACGCUCGAGUCAGUCGACAGUCGGCCGCCCACAGCGAUGGACUUCAACAACAAAGUCGUAGUAAUCACGGGCGCGAGCUCCGGAAUCGGGGCCUCAGCUGCCGUCCUGUUCGCGAGACAAUCGGCCAAACUUGUCCUGGUCGGCCGGAAUGAAGAGAAUCUCAACAAAGUCGCGGCACAGUGCGAGACGGCCCGCGGAAUUAGACCCCUAGUCGUGCGAGCGGAACUAGACACGGACGCAGACGUCGAAGCAAUCGUAUCGAAAGCAAUAGAAGAGUUCGGAGCUAUCAAUGUGCUGGUGAACAACGCCGGCGUCGGCGUGUGCGGGAGCGUUCUCGACGGCGUCGGACCCUACGAUAAAGUCAUGGCCACAAACGUGAGAGCGGUGUACUUACUAACCAGCUUAGCCGCACCCCAUCUCAUCAAAACUAAAGGCAAUAUCGUUAAUGUAUCCAGUGUUGCUGCUUUCAAACCGAUCAAGGAUGCUGAUUAUCUUCCGUACUGCGUUUCCAAAGCCGCGCUUGAUCAGUUCACGAAGUGCGUGGCGCUAGAGAUGGCCCAGCACGGCGUGAGAGUCAACUCUGUGAACCCGGGAGGAACUAGGACGCCCUUCGCAGAGAACGCCGGCUUCACAAAGGCGCAAGUUGAAGAAUUAUAUAAAGCCCGCGAUAAAAACUACCCGCUCGGUAAAAUGGCGGAAAGUGAGGAAGUGGCUGACCUGAUUGUUUAUCUGGCCAGCGAUCGCGCGCGCAGUAUCACCGGCGGCGUCCACGUCAUCGAUAACGGGGAAUCAUUGAUGUGAAUAUAUUAGCGGGAAUGUGUGGACGUAGACGUAAUCUUGAUAUGGCUAUAUAACGAAAAGGGCGCGCUGAGUGGUUCCAGACAAUGAGACGGUUUUAUUAAAAUUUUGUGCGUCCCGCAUACAAUUGGAUCCUUACCUAUCAAAAAAGUCGUCUCGACCUUUUCCAACAUUUUUAUAACAUGGAAUACUUGUGAAGGUACAGCUCUGUCAGCAGUAACUUACGCGUGUUAUAAGAGCGGAUACAAGGACUAACAAUAUAGGUCGCAGUAGACAAAUGACGGCUCAGUGCUAAUAUAGUCCGUGUUGUGUUGGUCGUUAGUCUUGAUUUUGCCGGCGCUGGCAUGCUACGUAAAGCAGAACGUAUGGUCGGCGCAAAUGAGGAGUAACACACACGGUCGGAAGUAAAAACACACGGCGUGUGAUAACUUCGCUGGAAUUCCGUAUUAAGUUUCUCAUCUAACUACAUGUAUUCCUGUAAUAUUUCACAUUUACCUUUCCGCCGGCAUGUUUGUUUAUGAUAUGGCGUUCUGCGUUUUAGCGUUUGUUUACUGUGUUGCAAAUAUUAAUUAACUUUAGUUGCGAAGUUAUUUGAUGGCUGUUAGUAUUCAUAAGUAGGCAAGUUGCCGUUAAGUUAAUGCACAUUAGUUUUCAGAACACAUUAACAACAUUCUUAAUACUCUGUAUGCUACUUAUAACUUCCGAUUGGUGAACUUAAUGUAAAUUAGUAAAAAAAACUACAUAUUUAUGUAAAUAUGCUUUUGUUGUAAAUAGAAAAGAGAUAAGUAAGUACCUAACAAAAUAAAUCUAUUUAAAACUCAUUAAAUCUAUUUGAAACUCA